AGGAAGAUGAAAACAGACCCCUGGACAGCAGGAAGGAAGAGGACAUGGAGAAUGCCCCUGUGACCCUGAACGUGGCCUCGGCUGACCCAGACCUCACCCUGUCCCAGGAUCUAAAGAAAGUGUCUUUGAAUUUUGUCAGUGGAAGCGCUGGGAAUAAGCAGUCAAAACCCAGACCCUUCUACCCUUACCACUGUGUGUGGGGCUCCCAGGGCCUCUCCUCUGGCCGCCACGUCUGGGAGGUGGAAAUCCAGGGGACCAAGGACCCGGUGUUUGUGGUGGGCGUGGCCACGGAGUUGGCUCCUGGGCUGCAUGGUCAGGACCAACUCUGGGCUCUGAGGAUCUUUGCCUCCAGAUGCGAGCCUAUCACCAGCAGCCGUGUCCGGGAGAAUCUCCCCAUCCUUCUGAGCAAAGUGGGCAUCUACCUGGACCGUGACAGUGGGGAGGUCGUCUUCUUUGACCCCGACAAAAACGAGCACAUCUACACCUUCCAGGCCUCUUUCAUAGGGGAGGUCUUUCCUUUUUUUGGACUCCUAAAUCUUGGGAGCCAUAUCACCCUGAUCCCCUAGAACUGGUCCCUCCUGGCUCCCUCCCUCCCUUCCCUGCAGGUCCCUCACAUUGGGAUGCACUGCGGCUGGUAGGGCUGAAGCCUGGUCCAGGCUAACACCUGAUACAGGCCGGAGGGUUCUUCUGUACCAGAGUGGAGAAGGACUAGAUUUCUCCAAAGGCUAAACACAGGGUUAUUCAACUCCACACUUUGUAACAGGACAAGAGUGGAAGCGGCUCAGACCUCAUCAACAACCAUAGGAGAAAGUAUCCAGCUGGGUCCUGUUGAGACACAGGUGCAGAAGGCUGCCCUCUGCAACUUUCAAGAGUUAAUUCUCAGGGGUGGAGCCAUGGCUCUGAGGUUAAGAGCACUGGCUGCUGUUGAAGAGGAUCUGGGUUUGAUUCCCAGCA